AUGGAUAAUCAAGGACGAAGCAACGAUUCAGAUAUCGGAGAUCUCUAUUCGAAAUCGAAUAGCGUUAGAGAAGAUUAUGAAAAAGCCAACAAUCUAGAAUCUUCAACAAGUAAUGGCAAAUCUUUUGAAGUUGACGCAGAAAUAGACCAAGAAUCGGUCAAUUCACGUUAUGAUUUAUGUGAAUCGAUUCCAGGCCUUUACCGUUUAUUAGACUUAUGCAAAGAUAUAGGGUCAAAUGGUCUUGGUACCUAUAAAAGAUUGAUUUUAUACAUUUGUCAACAUUUGAAAAAACUUUGUAAUGAAAUGAUACCAAACAGCUUUAAAUCGAUUUCGAAAAUUCAAUUUGAACAAUUGAAUUCCUGUCGCGUUCGUCUUAUUGGAUGUUAUGGUAGAAAUGGCCUUAUUGCAAAAUUACUAUUUAAUAAAAAUGUUAUUGAUCAAGUUACUUAUGAGCAACUUUUGAUGCCUUAUGAAAUAAAUGCAAUAAAUCCUUUACCAACUUUAAGGCCUGGCAUUUAUCUUCAGAAACUGCCUUCUGUCUCUGAAGGCAUUAAUUCGAACACGAACCAAUUUUUGGUCAUACACUGGAGUGAAAAUGGUUGUUAUGAGGAUUCUGCAUCUUCUUAUCGGAAAAAGAAUAUGACUAAUUUACAUAGGGAUGUUUUCGGCUCAGCUUGGCUUGCCUAUAUGGGAUGUCGUCAACCAAAACGUUUCAUAUUAACUAUUAUUUUGGUAACAGAUAGUGAUGUAGAAAAUUUUGAUUGGAGUUUGUUGAAUGAAAAUUUUGACGACGAAGAUGGAGGGAAAAAAAAAAAUAGAGCAGUUAUUCAUAAUUUUGAACUACCUCUGUCAAUGUCAAAUAUACAAAACUCUUAUGCUCCCAAAUAUCUUGAUGGUCCACCUUUACAUCCAUUAAUUGUUGAAUCUGCAUCAAAUCAGAUAUUACUUACUCAAAAGAUGAAAUCUGUUACAACAGCUGCUGAUAAAUAUAGUAGAAGGGCUUUUGACUCCUUGACCAGUUUUCAAGAAUAUUUCAAACAAAAGCUUAAAAUUCGAAAAUGUGCUCUUUCAAUUGACCGUGAUAAAAUGACAAUUCAAAAAUUGCAAGUACUUGUUGAAGAUGGUAUAAAUAAUCCUAAUAUUUUUUCGAAAUAUUAUGAAGAAUUAAAAGUACUGGAAAAUAAUAAGGUUAAAAUAGUCGGUAAAGUUUUAGAGAAUACUCUGAAACAUAUUGAAAAAAUUGCAUAUCAGAUGUUAAAUCAGUCAUAUAAUCAUUUUGAAAGUUUAAUAAGUGACCAUAAAAAUGAUGGAAUACAACUAGGAGAAGAAAAUGAGAGCUUAACAAGUGAUCAUAAAUUAAAUGAUAAAAUACAACUACGAGAAGAUAAAUUUAAUAGCAUUGAUGAAAUACCUUCUGGUGUAAUUCUAACUCUUGAAAAUGAAAUUUUCAAUAUUUCUACUAAUAAUUGGAAAUACCUAAAAACUCGACUUAUUUUUGCAAAUCAUUGUGACUAUAUAAAAGCAUCAACAGUGUUCUUUGAUGAAGAGCGGGAUUUUUCUAAAUUGGUCAAAAAGCAUGAAAAGAAAUGUAUUUUGUUUUGUAUUUCUAAAGGGUUAUAUCCCAAAGGACUUACAAAUAAAAUAGUUAGUAAAAUAAAUGAUGAGGUUAAAAAAAUUUCUGAUAAUGAAUUUGUGAAACAAAUUUCAGUCAUAAAUGACGAAGCGGUUACAAAAAAAUUUUUAAAUGCAUAUAUAGAAUGGAAAGAGCAAUAUUUUGUUCAAAAUGUAAACCGAAUUAUUCAAGAUUUCAGAGAAGAAGUUGAAAAAAACGUGAAAGUAAAAAUUGAUAAACGUUAUGAGGGACUAAUAAAAGAAAUCGAAGAGAAUUAUUUUCAAUGUAUCUGUGGAAAAAUUGAAGCAAUGCAUCUAACAAAUGAUCAAAUGGAAGACCGUUUAAUAAUUUUAAAUCUAGAAAUAGACGAGCAUAAGAAAAAAUACUACCUAGACUGUGAAGUUUCCGAAAAGCUAUGCUUUACUAUCUAUAAUGUUAAUCUUGACCAGUCUGAAAUUGAAGAGAUGGAUAAGAAUGAAUCUUUUAUUCCAAAACCAAUAAUAUCCGAGAAUCGCACCUCUUUUAAUAUUGAUCCAGAGAUUUAUGAGUUCAAAACAAUUGCGCAAUUAGGCAAAAAAUAUCUACUGUUUCUUUGGAAUAUAAUAAAUAACAAGCUAGAGAUUUAUCUUGGUG